GUCCUCUCAGUUGACCCACUGCCUUGCAUACUAACAUCAGCACCACCUCUCCACCCCUCCCUCCCUCCCCAUACAUUGUUGGCACACCCUCGCAGCCUGUCUUGUUGUUGUCAUUGCAGCGAAGCCUUCUAUCCACCAGCAUGCCGCUCGAUAAGCCCCCUCUCCCUUGCGAGAAAGGCGACGGCCGGCGGCGGAAAGCUUUGCCCGGGUCGGCGCUCUCGCCUCCGCUGUCGCUGAGGCACUCAUACACGGCCAGGAGGAGUCUGGCGGCGGCGGCGGUAGGGGGUAGGAAGAUAACGCAUCCUGGGAAGGCUAUCCUAGCAGGUGGGAUCGCGGGCGGAAUCGAGAUUUGUAUCACCUUCCCGACGGAGUACGUCAAGACUCAACUGCAGCUGGACGAACGAGCCAACCCGCCACGCUACCGGGGCAUCGGUGACUGCGUGAAGCUAACUGUGCAGGAUCACGGUCUCAGAGGCCUGUACCGAGGGCUCAGCUCGCUGCUCUACGGCUCCAUCCCCAAGUCGGCAGUCAGAUUCGGCACCUUCGAGAUCCUCAGCAACCCAAUGCGAGAUGCUACGGGCAGACUGGACAACACACGGAGCCUCCUGUGCGGCUUGGGUGCGGGAAUAGCCGAGGCUAUCGUCAUCGUGUGUCCCAUGGAGACGCUCAAGGUGAAGCUGAUUCACGACCAGUGUUCGAUGAGGCCUCGGUACCGGGGUUUCUUUCACGGUGUCAGCGAGAUCAUCAGAGAGCAAGGGGUCCGGGGGACGUAUCAAGGUCUGACAGCAACCGUGCUCAAGCAGGGAACCAAUCAGGCCAUCCGAUUUUACGUGAUGAACGCAUUACGUAAUUGGUACAAAGGUGACGAUCCCAGAAAGGAAUUGCACCCAAUCGUCACAGCCAUGUUUGGAGCCACGGCGGGGGCCGCCAGCGUUUUCGGCAACACGCCUCUGGAUGUGGUCAAGACCAGAAUGCAGGGUCUGGAUGCCCAUCGCUACAAGAACACAGUGGACUGUGCUUUCCAGAUCCUCAAGCAGGAAGGACCGCAAGCGUUCUACAAGGGGACCGUUCCUCGGCUGGGCCGCGUGUGCUUGGAUGUAGCCAUCGUCUUUGUCAUCUAUGAGGAGGUGGUCAAGUUGCUCAACAACGUGUGGAAAACCCAGUAGGCAGGACUCACCUGAAAGAAGAUUGGCAAAGCCUUCUGGAAAGCACUCAGCCAGACAUUUCCACAUGUUGCUUUAGGAAUAUUUUCCAGCACUGAAAUACUGCAAUGAAGGUUGAACAAAGACAUAAAAAGCAAGCAUACGUUUUGAGACACUGGAACUGGAAAAACUAAGGAGGCGGGGCAAUUAAUUCAUUUGAGAGCCCCAAUACUUUGGUUCACAUCGGGUUUUUAAUUUAUAUUAUUUAUUCUGUUUGGAGGAUGUUGGUGAGCACACUGUUUUUUGGUUUUGGGAAAAACACAUGCACAAAGUCCUUUGUUACCAAGGUCUGUUUUUUUUCACUUUUUGGGAUCACUAAGUUGAUUCAUGCUGCUUUUUGGGUGGGGAAUUAUCUAUUAGCUGCUUGGCUAAUAAGUCGAAUCUUUUGAUUUCAUGUUAUGGUUGUAGAAGUACACGUGAAGCUAAAAAACCUAGAAGCCAGCACACCAUUUUCACAUCACACGCUGCUUUUAUAUCAUUUUUCAUUAGCCACAUGCUAAGUCUGUCUUGGUCAGUGCUAACAGACUUUCACAUGCAACUCCUUUUCAGCAUUAUCCGAAGAAGACGGCACAGAUAGCUUUAAGAUAUCACUUUUUAUUUUUCAUCAACCGUUAUUAGUUGUUAUUAUGGUGGGGUCGAUUUGUAUAUUAGCCACAUGCUAAUUAUGUCUGUUUUAUUCGAUACUCAUACUUGUUGCGCUAUUACAACACAGCGUUUCGAAAACAGAAAUUCAAGGUGGUCAGCCUUUUUGUUUCAAGUGGCCAUUUUGAGAGCAAAAUCCAGAGUUUGUAAAA